AUGUUUGAGAAAAAUGUGGUUUCGUGGAAUGCAAUGAUUGCAGUUUAUAUUCAGAAUGGUUUUGAUGAGGAAGCCCUGUCGCUUUUUGAGGAAAUGCAGAGGAAUGGGAAGAAACCAAAUCAGUCCACCUGUGUGAGUAUGCUGAAGGCGUGUGCAAGUUUAAUUGAUCUAAGAAAAGGAAAUCAGGUCCAUGGAUACAUCAUCAAAAUGGGAUAUGAUUCGGAUGUCCAUGUGGGGAGUACUCUUACUGACUUGUAUGCCAAAGGCAAAACUUUGAACGAUGCGUGCAAAGUGUUUGACACAAUGCCCGCUCGAAAUACGGUCACAUGGUCUGUUAUGGUUACUGGGUAUUUGCAGCAUAGAAAUAUUGAUGAUGCAGAACACCUAUUUCAUAAAAUGCCUGAACGAAAUGUAGUUUCCUGGAAUGCAAUGAUUGCGGGAAGUGCUCAGAAUGGGUUAGUUGAUGUUACAUUGAAACAUUUUAUACAAAUGCAAUGUGAAGGCAUAGAGCCAGAUGAGUCCACCUUUUCAAGUGUCAUCAGUGUAUGUGCCAAUUCAAUGUCAAAACAAGAUGUGGUCUCAUGGACUGCAAUGAUUACAGGAUAUGCCGAAAAUGGGAGAACUGAAGAGGCGCAACUACUCUUUGACAGAAUGCCUAUACGUAAUGUGGUCACAGGGAAUGCCAUGAUUACAGCUUAUCUCCAUAAUGGGAGGAUGGGAGAUCCAAUCCAAGUUUUUAGUAAUAUACCCAACCGAAAUUUGAUUACAUGGAAUGCCAUGACUGCUGUAUAUGCAUGUGAAGAGGCUCUGGGGAUCUUCUUUCAAGUUUUUACUUGA